GGGGGGGCUUAGCCCCCAAGGAAGAGGACCAGUCGUCCCCCAGCACCACCAUCAAGACCCCAGGGGCUCCCUCUUUCCUCCACAGACUGUGAACUGACUUAGGGAAUCCCAAACGAUGACAGAAAAGGAGGUGCUGGAGUCCCCCAAGCCCUCCUCCCCAGCAGAGACUCGGCAAAGUGGGCUACAGCGGCUGAAGCAGUUAUUCAGGAAGGAGUCUCCUGGGACGAAGGAGAUGGAGCUUCCCCCAGAGCCCCAGGCCAAUGGGGAGGCAGUGGGAGCUGGGGGUGGGCCCAUCUACUACAUCUAUGAGGAAGAGGAAGAAGAAGAGGAGGAGGAGGAGGAACCACCCCCAGAACCUCCUAAGCUUGUCAAUGAUAAGCCUCACAAAUUCAAAGAUCACUUCUUCAAGAAGCCCAAGUUCUGUGAUGUCUGUGCCCGGAUGAUUGUGCUCAACAACAAAUUUGGGCUUCGCUGUAAGAACUGCAAAACUAACAUCCACGAACACUGUCAGUCCUAUGUGGAGAUGCAAAGAUGCUUCGGCAAGAUCCCCCCUGGUUUUCAUCGGGCCUAUAGCUCCCCACUCUACAGCAACCAGCAGUACGCUUGUGUCAAAGAUCUCUCUGCUGCCAAUCACAAUGAUCCUGUGUUUGAAACCCUGCGCACUGGGGUGAUCAUGGCAAACAAGGAACGGAAGAAGGGACAGGCAGAUAAGAAAAAUCCUCUAGCAGCCAUGAUGGAAGAGGAGCCAGAGUCUGCCAGACCAGAGGGAGGCAAACCCCAGGAUGGAAACCCUGAAGGGGAUAAGAAGGCUGAAAAGAAGACACCUGAUGACAAACACAAGCAGCCUGGCUUCCAGCAGUCUCAUUACUUUGUGGCUCUCUAUCGGUUCAAAGCCCUGGAGAAGGACGAUCUGGAUUUCCCUCCUGGAGAGAAGAUCACAGUCAUUGAUGACUCCAAUGAGGAAUGGUGGCGGGGGAAAAUAGGGGAAAAGGUUGGAUUUUUCCCUCCAAACUUCAUCAUUCGGGUCCGAUCUGGAGAGCGUGUGCACCGCGUAACGAGAUCCUUCGUGGGAAACCGCGAAAUAGGGCAGAUCACUCUCAAGAAGGACCAGAUAGUGGUGCAGAAAGGAGAUGAAGCCGGCGGCUACGUCAAGGUCUACACCGGCCGCAAGGUGGGGCUGUUCCCCACCGACUUCCUGGAGGAGAUUUAGGCGUGCAGGCGCCUGCUGACCGAAGAUACCCAUGCCCCAUUCUGGGCAGGCCCAGUGGAGGCUGGGGAAGAAAGGGGCGAAAGCAACUAUGCUGGAAGGGGGGAGGGGUGGGAAGGCCCGCCAGAGCGUGACGGGCCUUCUGGGAAGGGACUGGUUCCCGCCCCCCCUCUCCCCCGGCCUAGGGCCUUGGAUACCUGGUACCCAGAACGGCCUCACCUGCAACUCCUCAGGCCCAGCCGUUGAGAGCUGGAAAAAGAACGCGUCUCCACUAGGAGGCGCCCUGGGGGUGUGGGAGGCGAACUGUCGAAUGUUGCGAAUGUAUUAAAGUUUUGAAAAAAGUUA